GUGGGCGAUGCUCGGAUGGUCAACGUUUGCUACAGGCGUUGCAGCCGGAGAGUAUUACCUUCUCUGUCGUGUGAAAGAGGAUUCACGCCCUAAAGGAUAUCAAAUGUUACUUAAUAUUAAUUCACCUGUUGAUAUAAACUCAUCAUUUGAAAGAGAUGACAGCGACGAUGGUGACAAUGAUGAUGGAAAUGAAACCAGCAGCGACAAUGACUCGGACGCCGACAAAGAAAUGCAACGUUUAGGUGACGAAAAACCAAAGAAAAAGAAAAAGUCACUCACAGCUAUGAAACAGAAAGGAACCGUUUGGCGACUACUCAAAAUGUCAAAGCCAGACAUCGGGUUUAUUCUCACUGGUUUCCUUUUUCUUGCGUUGGCGGCGGCAUCGGACACAUUCCAGCCGUACUACUUUGGUCAGGUGAUCGACAGCAUUGCCAUCAAACAAGACGAGAAUGCAUUCUUUCAAGCAAUUGUAAUUAUUUCCGGAUUAGCGCUGAUUAGUUCACUCGGAGCCGGACUUCGAGGGAUGUGCUUUUUGAUAUCAAUGGCUCGACUUAACAUUCGUAUUAGAAAUUGUCUGUUUGGGUCGUUAGUAAAGCAAGAGAUUGGAUUUUUUGAUACGACAAAAACUGGGAGUGUUACGUCACGUUUGACGUCUGAUACUACGAAGAUGAGUGAUCAGUUGUCGCUUAAUUUGAACAUAUUUCUGAGGAGUGCAGCUCGUGCUGUUGGAUCUUUGGUGUUCAUGUUUAGUUUGUCGUGGAAGUUGACGGUCGUUGUUCUAUUGCAAGUUCCGGUUAUUGCAUUGAUUACUCAUUAUUAUGGAAAGUAUUAUAAGAAACUUUCAAAAGCAGUUCAAAGUUCUUUAGCGAAGGCAAACAAUGUUGCAGAUGAAGUCCUGUCGUCAAUGAGGACAGUUAGGUCAUUUGCAAAUGAGUUAAGAGAAUGUGAUCGUUAUAGUGUAAAGCUGAAGGCAACAUUUCGUCUGAAUGUGAAACAGGCGGUGGCUUACUUUGGAUAUCAAUCAACUAACAGGGGGCUAGAGUUGAUGUCUGAUGUUGCCCUUUUAUAUUACGGAGGCUGGUUGGUGUUACACACCGAAGUAACUGCUGGACAUCUCGUGUCAUUCAUUUUGUAUGCUGAAGAGCUUGGAGGUGCAGUGGAGGAUAUUGGCAGCGUGUUCACUGGACUAAUGCAAGCUGUAGGAGCCGCCGACAAGGUCUUCACAUUGAUUGAUCGGAAACCCAAAAUUGAUCACUACGAAGGCUCAGCCAAGCCAGAGACUCUUAGAGGUCGCAUUGAAUUCAGGAACGUCUCGUUUGCUUAUCCUUCGCGGCCCGACUCUCUUGUGCUGAAGAAUGUGUCGUUUAGAGCAGAACCUGGCGAUGUGAUUGCUUUGGUUGGUGUGAGUGGUGGAGGGAAGACGUCGUGUAUUAGUUUGUUGCAACGAUUUUAUGAUCCGGUGAGUGGCUCUGUUCUUAUUGAUUCAAGACCGUUGCCAUCGUAUGAUCACAAAUUUCUACAUACAAAAAUGUCAAUGGUUGGUCAAGAACCUGUUUUGUACGCUUCAACAGUAGAAGACAACAUUGCUUACGGAAUGGACAACACAGACAGAGACACGGUUAUAGCAGCAGCACAAAUUGCAAACGCACACAAUUUCAUUGACGCAAUGAGCAAGGGAUACAAAACACAGACUGGAGAGAAAGGUGUUCAGCUUUCUGGAGGACAGAAACAGCGGUUGGCGAUAGCUCGUGCUGUCAUACGGGAUCCGGCAAUUCUAUUGCUUGAUGAAGCGACUAGUGCAUUGGAUGCAGAGAGUGAACAUCUUGUACAAGAUGGUUUGUAUAGAAAGAUGAAGGACAAGACUGUGUUGGUGGUGGCUCAUCGUUUGAGUACCGUGGAAAACGCGACUAAGAUUGUAGUGAUUGACAAAGGAAUCGUUGUGGAGCAAGGAACACACCAAGACUUGCUGAGAAUUGGUGGUCUGUAUGCUAAACUCGUGCAAAGACAGUUAAUGCCAGCCAAACAAAACCAGAAUCUCAGUGACAUACUCGCAGACAGUGAGCAAAUGGUUAACACAUCACCACAACAUCACCACUCUCUGCAACGUUCUGAAACAAACAGCGACUCAGACAGAGAAGAAACCUCCUCAGGAUCAGUGAACUUUAAUCUACUAACAAAUGUAGCAGAAAUCCUGCAAACAGAGAAAGAGCGCUGUACAGUACCACACAAUCAACAUCCAUCGGUGAGUGCGAGGGCAACACUUUCGCGCACACAACGAUCCGGGUACUCGCGGGUCGCCUCAACGAUGUCAAAAUCGGCACUAAUUUUCACGGCAAUUUUGUUCUGGAGCAUAUUCGACGUGUUUCUCUCACUACUAAUUUACAUCCGGUUUGAUUUCAAUGACUGGAGUUUGAUCGGAAACGGAGUUUUUCGCCACCGCAUCGCAUCGUCGCCGUUCGACGUCUUUCUCUUUGCCAUUCUACGUUGCUCCGUCGUCGUCGGAUGUACACUCGGCCGAGCAUUGUCUCGAGACAGACAGACGGCCGCGAGGAGACUCUCGAAACUUACCCCAUUGGUUGCCAUAGCAACGGUUCUUCAGUUGUCAUAUUUUGUGGUCAAGUUUUUAAUCAGUAAAGAGUAUGACAUGAGUGGUCAUGUUGUUAUGCAGUCGAUCGGAGCUUCGGUCGGUAGUCUGUCUACGGCUCCAACUACGAACAAGCCGUCAACGUCGAACUCUGCAUAUCAUCCAUGGUUAUGGGCGCUACUCGGUUGGUCAGGAUUUGCCACGUGUGUCUCAGCAGGAGAGUACCACGUGCUACAUCGAAUUAAAGACGACUUACAUCCGGUCGGAUAUCAAAGACUUAUUAAUAUCAACUCAGAGUAUGCAUCACCCAACAAAGACAAGAGUGAUAGCGACACCGACUCCGACGGUGAUAAAGAGAUGCAGGCUACAGCUGCUGGUAUAAAGAGACGCCCUCGUUCUCGAUCUGUGACAUCACAGAGGACGACAGUGUGGCGAUUAUUCAAAAUGUCGAAACCGGAUGUCAGUUUUAUUGCAUCCGGUUUCUUCUUCCUCUCGUUAGCGGCCGCCUCGGACACCUUCCAACCAUACUACUUUGGUCAAGUCAUUGACAGCAUCGCUAUCCAACAGAAUGAGAACGCAUUUUCACAAGCUAUUUUUGUUAUCUGUGGAUUGGCGUUGGUUAGUGCGCUAGGCGCCGGUCUUCGUGGCAUGUUUUUUAGCUUCUCGAUGGCGAGACUCAAUAUUCGUAUCCGGAAGUAUCUGUUUGGGUCGUUAACACGGCAGGAAAUCGGAUUCUUUGAUGUUACAAAGACGGGAGGUUUGACGUCACGGUUGUCAUCGGAUACGACGAAAAUGAGCGACCAGUUGUCGUUGAAUUUGAAUAUAUUUUUGAGGAGUGUUGCUCGUUCGCUCGGAUGUUUGGUGUUUAUGUUUGAGUUGUCAUGGAAACUGUCAAUAGUCGUUUUGUUGGAGGUGCCGCUGAUUGCAUUGGUUACUCAUUAUUAUGGAAAGUUUUAUGAGAAAAUAUCAAAAGCAGUCCAGACCUCAUUGGCAAAGGCUAACAAUGUUGCAGAGGAAGUGUUGUCGUCUAUGAGAACAGUUCGGUCGUUUGCUAAUGAGAAGGGAGAGUGUGAGCGCUACAGCAUGAAGCUCAAGGAAACGUUUCGUCUGAACGUGAAGGAAGCGUUUGCCUACUUUGGUUAUAGAUCUACUAACAGGGGACUAGAGUUGCUAUCCAACGUUGUUAUCUUAUACUAUGGAGGUUGGCUGGUGUUACAUCACGAGGUCUCUGCAGGACAUCUCGUAUCAUUUGUUCUUUAUGCUCAAGAACUUGGAGGAGCAUUGGAGGACAUUGGUGCAGUAUUCACGGGUCUAAUGGAAGCCGUAGGAGCCGCUGAUAAAGUUUUCAAGUUGAUCGAUCGCCAGCCUAAAAUCGAUCACAACGAAGGCUCAUCAAAGCCCAAAACCUUUCGUGGUUGCAUCGAAUUUCGAGACGUCUCGUUUGCUUAUCCUUCACGACCGGAUUCGUUUGUGCUUCAAAAUGUGUCAUUUAAAGCAGAACCUGGAGACGUGAUUGCUUUGGUUGGUCCAAGUGGUGGAGGAAAGACGUCGUGUAUUAGCUUGCUGGAACGAUUUUAUGAUCCGUUGAGUGGGUCUGUGCUGAUUGAUUCGAAGCCGUUGUCGUGUUAUGAUCAUAAGUACUUACACACAAAAGUAUCAAUGGUCGGUCAGGAGCCGACAUUGUAUGCAUGCACAAUACAAGAGAAUAUCACUUAUGGAAUAAGUGACGUAACACAAGAAAGAGUCACAACUGCAGCCAGGCUAGCAAAUGCUCACGACUUCAUCGAAAGAAUGAAUGCAGGAUACCAAACACAGGCUGGAGAGAAGGGAGUUCAACUCUCAGGCGGCCAAAAACAGCGAGUGGCAAUUGCUCGAUCAAUCAUCAGAGAUCCCGCAGUUUUAUUACUCGAUGAAGCAACUAGUGCGUUAGAUGCAGAGAGUGAGCACCUUGUUCAAGAUGGUUUGUUUCGAUGUAUGAAGGAUAAGACUGUGGUGGUCGUUGCUCAUCGACUGAGCACAGUGGAGAACGCAACGAGAAUCAUAGUGAUCGACAAAGGCGUCGUAGUCGAGCAAGGAACGCAUCAAGAAUUGUUGAGAGUUGAUGGUUUGUAUGCAAAGCUAGUGCAGAGACAACUGUUGCCGAUGAAAAGGGAAGAGUGAUGAACAGUCAAACUGCAAGUCUUCAGGAAAUUUUCACACUCCAUAAAAGCCGCACUUAUGGUGGCAGUUAGAAUUUCUAUUCACUUGGUAACUGCAAUUAUUAAUAUUGUGUAAUAAGUUAUUGGCCAAUGAUCAGACGUCAUGUUUUCUUGAAUAUAUUUUGUAAUCAUA